AUGGAGAGCUUGGGGCUGCAGACAGUCACCCUCAGUGAUGGGACAACAGCCUACGUCCAGCAAGCGGUCAAAGGAGAGAAGCUGCUUGAAGGACAAGUGAUCCAGCUCGAAGACGGCACCACCGCGUACAUCCACCAAGUGACAGUGCAGAAAGAGCCUCUUUCCUUUGAGGAUGGACAGCCUGUGCAGCUGGAAGAUGGCAGCAUGGCCUACAUACACCGCACACCCAAAGAGGGCUAUGACCCCAGCUCCCUGGAGGCCGUCCAGCUGGAGGAUGGCUCCACUGCCUACAUUCACCACCCAGCGGCUGUGCCGGCGGACAGCACCAUCCUGGCGGUGCAGACGGAGGUGGGCUUGGAGGACCUGGCCGCGGAGGACGACGAGGGCUUCAGCGCAGACACGGUGGUGGCCCUGGAGCAGUACGCCAGCAAGGUUCUGCACGACAGCCAGGCACCCCAUAAUGGCAAAGGGCAGCAGGUUGGGGACAGAGCAUUCCGCUGUGGCUACAAGGGCUGUGGGCGUCUGUACACCACUGCUCAUCACUUAAAGGUGCAUGAGAGAGCGCAUACAGGUGACCGUCCGUACAGGUGUGACUUCCCCGGCUGCGGGAAGGCCUUCGCCACAGGCUACGGGCUGAAGAGUCACAUGCGCACCCACACUGGGGAGAAGCCAUACAAGUGCCCAGAGGAGCUGUGCAGCAAGGCCUUCAAGACCUCAGGAGACCUGCAGAAGCACGUCCGGACCCACACUGGUGAACGCCCGUUCCGGUGCCCCUUCGAGGGCUGUGGCCGCUCCUUCACCACGUCCAAUAUCCGCAAGGUACAUGUGCGCACCCACACGGGCGAGCGGCCCUACACCUGCCCUGAGCCCCACUGUGGCCGUGGCUUCACCAGCGCCACCAACUACAAGAAUCACGUGCGCAUCCACACAGGGGAGAAGCCAUACGUUUGCACGGUGCCAGGCUGUGGGAAGCGCUUCACCGAGUACUCGAGCCUGUAUAAGCACCACGUGGUGCACACACACUGCAAGCCCUACACCUGCAGCACCUGCGGCAAGACCUACCGGCAGACCUCCACCCUGGCCAUGCACAAGCGCAGCGCCCAUGGCGAGCUGGAGGCCACCGAGGAGAGCGAGCAGGCCCUCUAUGAGCAGCAGCAGCUCGAGGCCGCCUCUGCAGCCGAGGAGAGCCCACCACCCAAACGACCUCGCAUUGCUUACCUUUCGGAGGUGAAAGAAGAGGGUGAUGACAUCCCAGCCCAAGUGGCUAUGGUGACUGAGGAGAACGGGGCCCCCCAGGUGGCUUUGAUCACUCAGGAUGGUGCCCAGCAGGUCAGCCUGUCCCCGGAAGACCUGCAGGCCCUGGGCAGUGCCAUCAGCAUGGUGACCCAGCACAGCAGCACCACCCUCACCAUCUCCAGUCCCGACGACAGCCUUGCCACGUCUGGCACACAUACAGUCACCAUGGUCCGCGCCGAUGGCUCCCAGACGCAGCCCGUUACAAUCAUUACCUCUGGGGCUGUUGUGACCGAUGACUCAAGUGUGGCGUCCCUUCAUCAUCAACAGGUGGCGCUGUUGGCCACAGCCAACGGGACGCACAUUGCUGUGCAGCUGGAGGAGCAGCAGGCCCUGCAGGAGGCCAUCAGCGUGGCCGCUGCCGCCAUGCAGCAAGGGGCUGUGACCUUGGAGGCCACGGAGACAGGGAGCGGCUGCUGA